UCUAGAAACGAGCGAAGAAGCGAAUUUCCGAUUGCUUGAAAGCCUUUCUAGGGUUUCCAUUUAAAAAUCUCUUUCUCCAUGGAAGGAGAUGAAGAUGGUCACGGACCAAUGAUCUGCUCUAACGGCAUCGAUGACGAUGAUAACACUACUGAUGGCAUCGAUAACUCCAAUCGAAUCAAGCCUAUCAUGAGCAGUGAGCAGAUGGAUGUCGAGGCCUAUGCUGGCCUCUAUACGGGCCGGACUAAGAUCAUGCGGCUUUUGUUCAUCGCCGACCAGUGCAACGGCUCCAACCAGGCAAUGCAGCUCGAGGCGCUGCGGAUGGCCUAUGAUGAGAUCAAGAAGGGCGAGAAUUCACAGCUCCAUCGGGACGUCGUUGCGAAGAUCAACGGGAGGCUGGGGCCUGCGUAUGGCUUGGACCAGGCCUGGGCUGACAGUAUUGACCGUCGGGCUGAACAGAGGAAGGAGAAGCUUGAGAACGAGCUCAAUAGUUAUAGGACGAAUUUGAUCAAGGAAAGCAUCAGAAUGGGACACAACGAUUUUGGAGAUUUUUACUAUGCUCAUGGCUUACUUGGGGAUGCUUUCAAGAAUUACGUCCGUACUCGUGAUUAUUGCACAACAUCCAAGCACAUUAUUCAGAUGUGUUUUAAUGUGAUUUUGGUCAGCAUUGAGCUGGGCCAAUUCAUGCAUGUCACAAACUAUGUUAGUAAAGCAGAGCAGACGCCCGAGCCAUUGGACCCUGUUACAGUUGCAAAACUGCGGUGCGCCGCAGGACUGGCUCACCUGGAUGCUAAAAAGUAUAAACUUGCUGCUCGCAAGUUUCUGGAAACAGGGCCAGAAUUGGGGAACAACUAUACAGAAGUUAUAGCACCACAAGAUGUUGCAACAUAUGGGGGACUUUGUGCACUUGCUUCUUUUGACCGGACCGAGCUGAAGAACAAAGUUAUAGACAAUAUCAACUUCCGGAAUUUCUUAGAGUUAGUACCUGAAGUGAGGGAGCUUAUUCAUGAUUUCUAUGCAAGCCGCUAUGCUUCAUGCCUCGAGUAUCUUGAAAAUCUGAAAGCAAACUUGUUGCUUGAUAUCCAUCUCUAUGACCAUGUUGAAACACUUUACAACCAAAUCCGUCACAAAGCAAUUAUCCAAUACACGCACCCAUUCAUUUCCGUUGAUCUGCCCACGAUGGCCAGUGCCUUCAAAACUAGUGUGGCGGGGCUGGAGAAAGAACUUGAAGCUUUGAUUACCGAUAACCAGAUUCAGGCUCGGAUUGACUCGCACAACAAAAUUCUCUAUGCGCGGCAUGCUGAUCAGAGAAAUGCGACGUUCCAACGUGCCCUACAAACGGGUAUGGAGUUUGAUCGAGAUGUUAGGGCAAUGCUGCUGAGAGCCAGUCUUGUGAAGCAUGAGUACAACCUUAGAGCAGCAAGGAAAAUGUGAAUCCUGAGGUACAGGGGGGAAAAAAAGAAGUUAAAAAUCUUUGGAGGUGUGGAGAGGCAGUUUCUCUGCUUGGAAUUCAGCUUCUUCACAUGGUCUGUUGAUACAAUUCUAGCUCAUUCUUAAGAUUCUGAAUUCACAUGUAUAUUUGAACUCAAAUUUUUAUUUUUUUUUCUUUUUUUGAAUUUUGAAAUUCGUGCUUAGGGCCAUGGUUUUAUUUCUGAAUAUGCUUAUUAGAAGGUUCAGGGUACUGGUGGACCCACCAAUGGACAGUUUGUUGGGGAGUUGAUUCUAUACUUAUAUGGCCCAUCAAAUGGUGAUCUUGUCCGUUGAGCGGGCCAUCUCCCAGAAUGGAAAAUCCUAAAACCUGUGUUCUUUGGCUCGCUUUC